AUGCUUUGCUCUUCCUUCAAUUCUCACUCCGGUGGUGGCGAUGACGAUCCCGACGGAAAUAACAACGCCAACGGAACUGCUUCUUCUCGCAAUUUCAAGCUCAAUCAGUCCACCUUUUUAGCUUCUCUUAUGCCUAAAACGGAGAUUGGCGUCGAUCGGUUUCUGCAUUCUUAUCCACACUACGAUGGACGUGGUGCUCUCAUCGCUAUUUUCGAUUCUGGUGUAGACCCAGCUGCCGCUGGAUUACAGGUUACCUCAGAUGGGAAACCAAAAAUUCUAGAUAUCCUUGAUUGUACUGGGAGUGGAGAUAUUGACACGUCAAAAGUGGUGAAGGCUGAUGCUGAUGGUUGUAUUUCUGGGGCAUCAGGUGCAUCUUUGGCUAUCAAUACUUCAUGGAAAAAUCCUUCUGGUGAAUGGCAUGUGGGUUAUAAAUUGGUUUACGAGCUUUUUACAGAAAAAUUGACUUCUCGUUUGAAGAAAGAGAGAAAGAAAAAGUGGGAUGAGAAAAACCAGGAGGAAAUUGCUAAGACUGUUAAACAACUUAAUGAUUUUGAUCAGCAACAUCGCAAGGUGGAGGAUGCUAAACUCAAAAAGGCUCGUGAAGAUCUCCAGAAUAGACUUGAUCUUCUUAGAAAGCAAUCUGAGAGCUACAAUGAUAAAGGACCUGCCAUAGAUGCUGUUGUCUGGUAUGAUGGAGAGGUUUGGAGGGUUGCUCUUGACACACAGAGUCUUGAGGAUGAUUCAGAUCGUGGGAAGCUUGCUAACUUUGUACCCUUGACUAAUUAUAGGACUGAGAGGAAGUAUGGUGUCUUCAGCAAAUUAGAUGCUUGUACAUUUGUAGUCAAUGUCUAUAGUGAUGGGAAUGUCUUGAGUAUUGUAACAGACAGCUCUCCUCAUGGCACCCACGUUGCUGGUAUAGCUACUGCGUUCCACCCAGAGGAGCCUUUGUUGAACGGAGUUGCGCCUGGAGCACAAUUAAUAUCUUGUAAAAUUGGCGACUCUCGCUUAGGUUCAAUGGAAACUGGAACCGGUUUGACUCGGGCACUGAUAGCUGCUGUGGAGCAUAAAUGCGAUCUUAUAAACAUGAGUUAUGGGGAGCCAACAUUUUUGCCGGAAUAUGGUCGCUUUGUUGACCUCGUGAAUGAGGUGGUAAACAAACACCGUCUGAUAUUUGUAAGCAGUGCUGGUAAUAGUGGGCCAGCGCUAAGCACUGUUGGUGCACCUGGUGGUACCUCUUCAAGCAUCAUAGGUGUCGGCGCUUAUGUUUCUCCUGCUAUGGCGGCUGGUGCUCAUUGUGUUGUUGAACCUCCAUCUGAGGGGCUUGAAUACACAUGGUCUAGCCGAGGACCAACGGCUGACGGAGAUCUUGGUGUCUCUGUAAGUGCUCCCGGCGGGGCUAUCGCUCCUGUUCCUACGUGGACCCUUCAACGGCGUAUGCUCAUGAACGGGACAUCAAUGUCAUCUCCAUCAGCCUGUGGGGGAAUUGCAUUGCUCAUAAGUGCAAUGAAGGCAGAGGGAAUUUCUGUGAGUCCAUAUAGUGUGAGGAAAGCCCUGGAGAAUACAACUGUUCCAAUCGGCAAUUCACCGGAGGAUAAAUUAUCCACUGGGCAAGGGCUUAUGCAAGUUGACAAGUGUUAUGAAUAUAUACAGCAGUCUCAAAAUAUUCCAUAUGUUUGGUAUCAAAUAAACAUCAAUCAAUCUGGAAAAACAAAUCCUUCAUCACGGGGCAUCUACCUCCGAGAGGCUAAUGCUUGCCGACAAUCUACUGAGUGGACAGUGCAAGUUGAUCCCAAAUUCCAUGAAGAUGCCGACAAGAUUGAAGAUUUGGCUGUAUUUGAGGAGUGCAUUGAGUUACGCUCUUCAGAUAGCACAGUUGUGAAAACUCCCGAGUAUCUACUGCUCACUCACAACGGCCGUACAUUCAACAUAUUAGUGGAUCCUACCAAUUUAUGUGAUGGUCUGCAUUAUUAUGAGGUAUACGGUAUUGACUGCAAAGCACCAUGGCGUGGUCCUCUUUUCAGAAUUCCAAUUACUAUAACCAAGCCCGUGUCUGUAAUUGAUAGACCUCCACAAGUUUCAUUUUCAAAGAUGCUAUUCCAGCCAGGCUGUAUAGAAAGAAAAUAUAUAGAAGUGCCUCAUGGUGCAUCUUGGGUUGAAGCAACCAUGAAUAUUUCAAGUUUUGAUACACCUCGAAGAUUUUUUGUGGAUACAGUUCAGAUAUGUCCAUUGCAAAGGCCUUUGAAAUGGCGGAGUGUUAUAAAUUUUUCUUCUCCUGCUUCCAAAAGCUUUACCUUUAGGGUAGUAGGUGGUCAGACAUUGGAACUAGUCAUAGCUCAGUUUUGGUCAAGUGGAAUUGGAAGUCAUGAGAGUACCAAUGUGGAUCUUAAGGUUGUGUUUCAUGGUGUAAAAGCUAGUCAAGAGGAAAUUAUACUUGAUGGGAGUGAAGCACCUGUCAGAGUUGAUGCUGAAGCACUACUUGCAUCUGAGAAACUUACACCUGUAGCUAAUCUAAAUAAGAUAAGAGUCCCAUAUCGUCCUAUAGAUGCUAAGAUUAGUGCACUUUCAAAUGACCGUGACAAACUCCCCUCUGGAAAGCAGAUGCUAGCUCUGACAUUAACAUACAAAUUCAAAUUGGACGAUGGAGCUGAAAUAAAACCUCAAAUACCAUUUCUAAAUGGUCGGAUAUACGACACCAAGUUUGAGUCUCAGUUUUAUAUGAUUUCUGAUUCAAAUAAGCGAGUAUAUUCAAGUGGAGAUGCCUAUCCAAACUCUACCAAACUCCCCAAAGGAGAAUACAAUUUACAGCUAUAUGUAAGGCAUGAAGACUUGCAGAUUUUGGAAAAAAUGAAGCAUCUGGUGUUAUUCAUUGAGCGAAAUUUGGAAGACAAGGACAUCUUUCGGUUAAGCUUUUUCUCUCAACCAGAUGGCCCACUGACGGGAAAUGGUUCCUUCAAGACCUCAACAUUAAUUCCAGGUAUAAAAGAAGGAUUUUAUCUUGGUCCACCACCAAAAGACAAACUUCCCAAGAACUCUUUACAAGGAUCUGUAUUGGUCGGAUCAAUAUCAUAUGGAAAACUAUCAGUUUCCGGACAGGGGGAGCAUAAAAAUCCAGAGAAGCACCCUGCAUCAUAUAAGAUUUCUUAUAUAGUUCCCCCAAAUAAGAUUGAUAAGGACAAGGAAAAAACUUCUUUAUCUUCCAAGAAGACUGUCUCUGAACGUUUAGAAGAAAAGGUACGAGAUGCAAAAAUAAAAGUGCUUGGAGGCAUAGAACAAGAAAGUGAUGAAGAUCGCUUAGAAUGGAACAAGUUGUCUGCCUUGCUCAAAUCGGAAUAUCCAAAGUACACUUUGUUGCUUGCAAAAAUUUUGGAAGGCUUGGUUUCAAGGAAUAAUAUCAAAGACAAUUUCAAUCAUAAUAAAGAGAUAGUUAACGCUGCAAAUGAGGUGAUUGGCAGUAUUGAUAGAGAAGAGUUGGCAAAAUCUUUUGCACUGAAAAAUGAUCCAGACGAUGAGGAAGCAGAGAAAACCAAGAAAAACCUGGAAUCAACCAGGGACCACUUAGCAGAGGCACUUUACCAAAAGGGGCUUGCACUGGCCGAAAUAGAGUCUUUAAAGGAAUUAGAAAAUUCCCUGGCUUCGGCUGCAACAGAAGGUGCGAAACCUGACGAGCAAUCGAAGGACAAUGGUGUUCAUCCAGAUUCGUUUGAUGAGAACUUUAAGGAACUGAAGAAGUGGGUUGAUGUUAAGUGCACAAAGUAUGGGAUCCUGUUGGUGACACACGAGAGGCGCAGUCAAAGGCUUGGAACAGCAUUGAAGGUACUAACUGACAUAAUUCAAGAUGACACAGAGCCUGCCAAGAAGAAACUGUAUGAACUAAAGCUCUCUUUGCUUGAAGAAAUUGGAUGGACUCAUUUAGCUACAUAUGAGAGACAAUGGAUGCUUGUGCGUUUCCCCCCUACCUUGCCUCUUUUCUAG